AACUUGCUGUGUGUGUGUGUACUAGCUGUGUGUGUAACUUGCUGUGUGUGUGUGUACUAGCUGUGUGUGUACUAGCUGUGUGUGUAACUUGCUGUGUGUAUGUGUGCUGUGUGUGUACUAGCUGUAUGUGUGUGCUGUGUGUGUAACUUGCUGUGUGUGCUGUAGGCCGACGCUGCUGCCCUGAGGGCCCAGCCCGUCCGCACCGUGGGCCCCGAGGGCCUCGUCUACCUCCACCAGGGAGAGAUGGCGGCGACAGAGCCCACGGACGACGCCGCGUGGCUGCUCGGCUCGGAGGAGGCCACGACCUGCCACCUGGUGGUGCUGCGCCAUAGCGGCAGCGGGGCCGUGUGCCUGGGCCACUUUGACGGGAGCGGCACGGCGCGCGGAGCGAGGGCCGUGGUCGAGCACGUGCUCGCCCUGUCGCCCACGCAGUCGCCCGGCAGGUUGGACCUGCACGUGAUUGGAGGCUUUGAAGAUGAGAGGAGCAUCUCUCAGCGCCUCACCCUCGACGUGCUGGACGCGUUCAGCCAGCAGAAGGAAGAGAUCCACCUCGUCACAUUCUGUGCCUCCGAACUGAAUGACGAGCUGCGGGAAGGACACCACUGGCCCGUGAUCUACGGCAUCGCUGUGGAUGUCCGCGCGGGAUCUCUGUUCAGGGCGCGGUUUCCAGACAAGGGUCCCGACCGGGCCUUGAGGAACUCCAGAAACCACGGUGACAACGAGAUGGGCGUGAUGUACUGCAGGGCUCGCGGCGAGCUCACCGUGCAGCCCAUCGCGUGGACGCGCUGGCACAACGUGACGCUGUGGCUCGUGCAGCCGGACGAGGUCAUCAGACAGUUCCUGUCCACGUCGCCGCUGGUGGAGCCCCCGGACUUUGCGGCGAACAUGCGUCAGCUGAUGCGCUUCAUGCUGCUGCACCCCGAGCCCAGCGACGCGAUCUUCCCGGGGGGCGCCGCUCGCAGAUACCGCCGGGACCCCCACGGAUCCUGGCAGAGGGUCCCCUGAGGGGGGGGGGGCACCCCCGGUGGCUUCGCCCGGUCCGGCACUCUUGACGCAGCCGCUUCAACUCCUGCCCCAGUGCAGCUGCACCGCCUGCACACUCGAUAGCUUCCCUUCUUCUUCUUCUUGGUUCUUUCGGUCAAGUCACGUAGAAGGGAAAUAGUAAAAUAAUAAAAAUAAAACAUAAUAAUUCUCACGACGUUUCGGCCACCAACGCAAGCAGCCGUCCUCAGGUGAAGACCAGGUGAAGACCAGGUCUGUCGAGAAGACAGAGUCUGAAUGACACACCCCAGGCUUGGAGCGUCUAUUUAAGCUGGGAUGGAGGGGGAAGAGAGCCUUGACAAAAUAAUUUGCAUAUCAAGAGGAAUUUAGCAUAUUUAUGGGAAAUGCAGAUAUGCGAUUAGUACUACUUGUGAAAUGCAUUAUGCAGGAUUAGCAUUAUUAUUGUAUUAUUUGCAUUCUACGUGACUUUACCGAAAGAACCAAGAAGAAGCUUCCGUUCUAUUCGCGCGCACGACGACGGCGGGGGCAGCAGCAGCUCUGUGGUUCAGGAUCUCGAUGGCAAUGUGGAGGUCUCCUGCUGCUGCUGCUGCUGCUGCUCGCCACGACGAGAGAGGCAGGGUUGCGAUUUCCGCAUGGA